AUGCUUCUUCGUGCAUCUCCUCAGGCGUCGGUCAUUUUAUUCGAUUUUCUAGCCCCCAGUCUCUGCAGAGCUGCUAGAGUUUCUGCCAACUCAUUCUCUACCUCAUCUAGCUCUUGGGUCCCAAAUCGAAGUCAAUUUGCUAAUGCACCACGUCUCAAUUACGACCCUUCACAGGACAUUCAUCCAAAAACCUUCGCCCAGCUCAAGUCUCUCAUAACAAGUGCGGGCGUCAGACGCGAAAUUUCAGAGCCCGAAAAAAAAGCAGACCUUUACAACUCCAUUUUAAUCAGGCUCGACAAGGCUCUUCGGGAUGGAGACCCUACAGCUGCCUUAGAAUGUUGGCGCAAACUAGUCAACCAUGAUUUUAUACCUUUAAUCCCCACUCACGAUCUCAAACGAAUGUCACAACUCGUAUCUUCCUCACUCAUUCCUCCACCCACUUCUCCACAGCCUCUCAUAGAUGGCGUAGAACAUGUCGCUGUCGUUACUGCCGCCUCCCGUCACACAGAUGCGUUAGUAGCAGCCAUGGUCUUUCAUAUCCAACGCAACGACCCGGAUGCUGUGUUUUCCCUCUACGAUCGUUUCAAGGCGAUGAUGCUCGAGAAAGGCGUCUGGGAAGAUUCACAGGCGGAAGAACGGGACGAAACUAAGGAACCUGAAUACGAAGCUUUGGCCUCGAUAGACAACAGUCCACGACGUUACGGUUAUCCAGGUUACAUCAGAGUGCUCCUAGCAGUCACAACAGCUCAUGCUAUGUGCAAUGACCUCCCGGGCGCAGUCGCUACGUGUCUGGAUACCAGUAUCCGCUUCCACUAUUUUACGAACGCAGAAUUCUUAUCCCACCUUGACCAUGAACCUAAACUACGAGAGAAGGUGGAGACAUACAUUCGAAAGCUGGAUUUGGCCAAAUUGCUCUCGCGUCCACCUUCAUUUUCGAGACACAUUCUGAACCUGGGUAAUGGACAUUCAUGGAAGUUGAGCAAACUCUACGAGAGCGUCAUGGAGGGAAUCGCAGGGCCUGAUCCUUUCAUUGCUGCAGACCCAAAGUUAAAGACAAGCAAGAAGCUCGUGUCCAUGACGCCAGUGGGAUUCACUUCCUUCUUGACGGCAUUCCACUUAUGCAACAGCCAGACUUUUGCACGGAGAUUAUGGGAGAUUUUACCGACUCUUGGAAUCACCCAUGACAUUUCGAUGUGGAACGCGCUCUUAGACGCGUCUGGUCGAAGCGGGUUGUAUAAAGAAGCGCAAGGGACAUGGGAUCUGAUGGUUUCGCAAGGAGUGCAGCCCGACGCUUUGACACACAGGGCGAUGAUAUCAGCAUUUUUCAAUGGAAGACGACCGCGACUUGCUAUGGAACACUUUCGCGAGUUUCAAUCUCAAUGUACGGAGAGGCCAUUCUGUCCUGAGGAUGUUCUGUCUGUUUACAACACUGUGCUCAGCGGCCUACUCAACGCCAAUCGUUCUAAUCAAGCCAACGCGUUCUUGGACAUGAUGGAGCAGGGCGAUCCAAGACCGGACGUGGUUUCGUACAAUACAUUUCUGGGUCACUUUACGCGCCAGAAGGACUUGCGGAGUAUCACUGACAUCAUGGAUAGAAUGUCGGCGAGAGGUGUCGCCGGGGAUACCUUCACAUACUCAACCAUUCUCUCUGCGUUGUUGAAAGUAGGCCGUGUGGAUGCAACUGAUUUGGUCUUGGGGAUAAUGGAGAAACAGGGCAUUGAACCAAGCGUUGCAACAUACACAGCAAUAAUUGCCAGUCAGAUGAGGGAAGCGGAUGAGGAGCAUUUCAGGGGAGCAUUGGCUCUCUUGAAAAAAAUGGAGGCAGACGAUCAACUGCAGCCUAACGCAAUGACUUACAUGACAGUGUUGAAAGGGGUUCAUCGGGGGAAUUUCCUUACACCAAGCAAAGUGGAACAAGUCACAGACUUUAUUGUGAAACGUAUAGAGCAGCGGACGGGGAAGCUUGGGGGCCCUGAAUACACGACUCUCAUUCGAGAAUGGCUUGAGGGGGAACACCCCAAUGGCGCAGAGAAAGCAUUCGAGAUAUACCAAAAGAUGCGUGGGCAUAUUAUUACAAUCUCAUUUCAUACUUGGGAAGUGCUACUUGCGGGACUGGUGCAGAGAGGGAAUUGGACACUUGCUGAAGAGGUGGUGAGGGACAUGAUGAUGAGACCUGGUGAGCCUCCGGGUCCAUUGAUGGCCCUCGUCGACCAAGUACGCUGGCGAAAACGAGAAAAGAGGUCUAAGAGGUCUAUAAUAGAAUGA